GGCACUCACGACUGGCCGGAAACACAGCCACAGGCGGACAGGCGACUUUCUCUGCAGAAGGAUUUGCAUUUCAUAAAGCAGUCACUGAAAAUAUGACACUGAAAGAAAGUAGGCCUCUCAAGGACUUGUCGGGACCUGUAGAUGGCUCCACCCGUGUGAUCACCAUUGUCUUUAUUGCACUCUUGAUAGACCUCUUGGGUUUCACGCUUAUCCUGCCACUCCUUCCUUCAAUAUUGGAUCAUUACAGCAAGAAUGAUGAUGGUUUCUACAUGACACUGCAGCAUGGAGUGGAGUGGUUCACUAAAGCAGUUGGUGUACCUGCUGAAAAGAAGUACCACAGUGUCUUAUUUGGAGGUCUGAUUGGCUCCAUAUUUUCUAUCCUUCAGUUUCUUGCUUCUCCACUUACUGGUGCUGCAUCUGAUUACUUUGGGAGAAGACCAGUUAUGCUGUUGACUGUGAUUGGUCUGAUAGCAUCAUAUUUCCUGUGGGCCAUUUCCAAGAGUUUUGAGCUGUUUCUUUUCUCUCGAGUAAUUGGUGGAAUAAGUAAAGGGAACGUCGGCCUUUCCACUGCCAUAAUUGCUGACUUACCGUGUCCAAAAGUUCGAAGCAAAGGCAUGGCAAUGAUAGGUGUGGCUUUCUCCUUGGGUUUUACUCUUGGUCCUAUGCUUGGAGCGUACCUUACCAUGGAGACAGAGAAAAGAGAAAUCUUCUAUGUUCGAUCUGCUACAUUUGCUGUCAUGUUUGCUGUUACUGACUUGGCUUUCAUCUUCAUCUUCUUACCGGAAACACUCCCAAAAGAAAAGCGGGUGUCCUCCAUGAUAUGUGGUUUUCAGUCAGCAGUUAGCCUGAUCAAUCCUUGGGUUUUAUUCCAGUUCUCUGCCAUAAGACAAGGAAUGGAAACCCCUUUGAAAAAGAAUCUCAAGAUCCUAGGCCUGGUGUAUUUCCUAUAUCUCUUCCUGUUCUCUGGUCUGGAAUACACACUGAGUUUUCUUGUUCAUCAACACUUCCAUUUCAGCAGUAUGGAGCAAGGGAAGAUGUUUUUCUUCAUUGGCAUUACAAUGGCUGCGAUCCAGGGAGGCUACACUCGCCAAAUUAAGCCAGGAAAUGAAUUAAAGGCUGUUAAAAGGGCAAUAAUGCUGUCAGCCCCUGCUUUCCUUUUAAUUGGCUGGAGUGGUAAUGUGAUCAUCCUCUGCAUAGGACUCUUGUUCUACUCUUUUGCUGCUGCUGUUGUUGUUCCCUGUUUGUCUACAGUAGUAUCUGGCUAUGGUUUAGCAAGCCAAAAAGGAACACUAAUGGGGAUCUUAAGAAGUCUGGGGGCACUUGCAAGAGCUGUUGGACCAGUCACAUCAGCAACAGUAUACUGGCUGGCAGGAGCUGAAGUUUGUUUCACCAUCUGUGCCUCUUUGUUCCUGCUCCCCUUCAUUUUGCUUCAAUACAUUCCUGAGCAAAUGAAAGAGGAAUAAGCAACUAUGAUUUUUCAAGGAACUUAGAAAUAAUGCCAAAAUGGAUGGCAAGGAAAUCUUUUUAAUGAACAAUUGCUUUGUAAAUUCAUAUUGUCCUGAUAUUAUAGAAAACUGUCUUUCAGUAUAUAGUGUCUUCAGUAUUGUCCCAAAUAGGACUGUGUACUUAUGUAUGUUUUGGGCACACAAUCAAACUGAUGGAAGAAAGAAACAUUUUUAUUCAGUGAAAACAAAUGCCAACAGCUAAGUGCUAGUUCUACUGCAGAGUGACUGUGUGUGUGUGUGUGUUUUGGGGAAGGAAGGAAGGACAGGCAGAUGUCCUAUUCUGGUGUUUCUCUGAAAGUGGGAAGGCUUCAGUCCACAUAUGUGAGGAUAGGGCCAUAUGUGCUCAUCAUUCAGCUAAAUACCUGAACAGGACUAAACAGAAAAAGCAACUGCCCAAUUAUGGACUAUUAAGUAAUUAUGACCAUAAAAUGUCAGUCUGAUUUUAAUAAUUUGCAAAGGGGGAAUAGUUUUAGCCUUAAAUCAAAGUCUAAGGUUUCAAGCCAGGUGCACAAGUAUGUUCUACAGUUAACUAUGAGGGUUGUGAAGGUCAUCUUUUCUGUCCCAUGCUUUAACGCUUACAUGGAAACACAGAUCUUAGUCUUUAAUUGCAGUAGAUCAGGAUACCCAGACCAACUUCUGAGACCUGCAUGGUAAAAAUUGAACCAUUGCAGCCUUCAUGAAUCAAAUCAAAUAGCACAGCAUUGACCAAAGGCAUGCUGUUUAGUUCAAGAAACAGACCCAGGAUUUCACAUAGCAGCAAAGUUUAAACUUCAAAUCUAGUAAGAUAGUUCAGAUCUUGGAUUAUAUGAUACAGGAUUCAAGCAGACAAGGAUCCAAGAUUAGGAAUGUGUCCAAGCAAGAAAGUCUUUUAGCUGGCUUAAGAUAAAGGCCGGGUUCAUGUGUCAUGACUCAAUCUUGCUAGGUUUCCACCUUGUGCAUUUUUUUGUGUGGAUAUGCUUGAAAAAUGAUUAGGCUCACCUUGGUAACUGUCCUCCCAGUCAUGAUUGUGAGUAGCAAUGGGUCACUCUUGCCAACUGACUCUAUGGGUCUAGCCUCAGUACCACAAUGAGUUGUGUUUUCCAGUUCAGAAGAUACAACAAGUCAUUAUGGUACAAAGAAAGCAUUGUUUCUGUUUGUGGUUUCUCAAAGCCGAAUGCACCAUGCUGAUACACCACUAAAGGAUUCAGACCACACAACAGAUCAACAGAAGUAAAACAUCCCCCCCACCCACAAGAACCAAGUAAGGGCUCCUUGGGAAUGGAAGGGUUAACUCUGGGCAGGCAGGCCAGCCCAGCCAUCUCAGCCAGGUGGUGAUUCAAGGAAAACCAGGCACCAAGGCUGUAGGAGGCUUGUUAUCAAUGGGAAUACAAAAAGUCCUAAGUUUCUUCCAAGGACAAAGCCAUUCACGCACACACACACCAAUGCCAGAAAUUGUUGGCCUGAAGGGUACGUGAUUCUCACCUGGGUGCUGUCAGGAGAUGUCAUCUCAUGAGUCAUCUGUUUGAUCUAAGCGGAUAAAAGCAAGGAGCUGAGGGAGAUUGGAGUUCCUCUUUGCAGAGAGGUUCCUUGUUGCUGCCAGAGGCUCUGUCGAGAAACACUGCUCUAUUCUACCUGAAAAAAGGCUAUGUUGAGCACUGUAUAUUGCGUUAUUGGCAGAAACAACUAGCUUUAUUAUUUUUUCUGUCCAAGGAGGCCAAUAGGCCUGGGGUUCUUGGGAGGAGCUAAUUGGUGUGAGUCCAUUAAAAUUGCUGCACUCCAAUUCCCUGUGCCCCCACUGUGUGUGUAUGUUAUAUUGUUUUAAAGACCCUCCACAGUUACAAUGU